AUGGGAAUCAAGUCAGCGUUAUACAAAGUUUUGGAUUAUCCCUGGCCUGAAAGGGGAACGCGGCAUGCGCUGCACACCACACGCACACUUCCCGUACAUCAACUAAGAAAACCCUCAGUGCUCUCCUCAGACAUACACGGAGGCAGUACUAGUAUACUAGGCGGGCUAGGAAAGAAUACACAAGCAAGGGUAGGCCCAUCCAAGCCUAAGAGUGAUGAUUUCAGACAGCACGUGGUCGUGUAUUCGGCAUACCCUGUGAGUGGGGCACAGUUGGGAGCCUUUGUGUACGGCGAGGAUUUUGCCACAGAUCAGAACAACCUAGAUAUACUAGCAGGGGAAGAUACUACUGUCUCGGAUGCUGGGGUCACAUCGCACGCGAUGUUACGUACAGAGGCACUCGGAAAGGUGACCAGUACUGGUACUGCUACUACCACGAUCGGAGGGGAUGUACCUACCACAACGUCUGGUACAGAUACACUGGGAAACGUGGUCAAUACUACAGCGACUACUACGGCAAACAAAGUGGACAAGGCGUGUGCUGAGUUGUAUGGUUCACUCAAUAAGACGAGUGCGCCUAUCGCCCGGUUUGAAACGCGUGGAAUACGUUUGGGGAUGGUAGACACGAGCUGCUUGCCCCGACAAGAGUGUGGUACUGAGGGGAGGUCGGAUACCGCACACUGCUCAGAGGUGGCUGGCAACGCACAGGCGCAAGGGGGUGGUAGUACUAGUAAUGGGCUAGAUAUCGGAGACAACGGCGAUGCAGGCAAUGACCAUGAACUAGUCAGGGAUAGGGACAGCCCCGCACAACACGGGAGCGCUCCUAUGGUCAACCGGUGUAGGCGUAUCCAUGGUAACAGUAGUAGCUCAGCGUAUGCGGGUGCGAGGGCGAUGGAUGCCCUGGCUGUGAGUCUGAACGGGUGGUUCCUCACGCUACAUGCCACAUGCUGUCUGUCGCGGGCGCUGAAUGUACACGAUGCCACGCUGGCAGCUGCGUAUUGCCCCCCUCUUACACACUUGCAUUCAGACCAUACGCAUGUGUUAGGAAGUGGGAUUGCAACCGAUACACACCCAGCUGUAGGCGGAGAUGCCGGUGAUACGCUGGACGCAUUGCCCAGACGUAUAUCUAUACCCAUCCCCGCUGCACGGCUUAAACAAUACCGCAGUCGGCACGCAGACACAGCGCGUGGUGAAGGUUUAGCCGCGGCCCAGGCACAACCGAUACAGUCAGCGCAACUACACACACGUGUACACACGGUCCAGACGACUGGAGUACACACGCAUAUACAAAUGGGUGGAGAUGGUGCGAAGGGACAUGCACAUACGGGUGAUAUGGAGAACACGGUCAGAGACAUGACAGUCAACAUGGUAAGCAUAACAACUGCCGAGACAUCGCCGGUAGUUGCUAUGGCAAUCAAUGCGGAUGCACACGGGACCGUAUCGUCGCUACCAGUUCAGAUAGGACGUAGUGAAUCGGAACCUACUGAAGCAGCCUGUGACUCGAACACCAUCCUAAUUAAGACGGAGAGUAUACCAGCAAAUGGCCAGAUGCUGGCAGAACUAACUGUUAACCCUAUACUAACAGCGACUGACAGUACAGGCGGUGGACCAUUAUACGCAGAGGCUACCAUAGACCCAAACACCGCCGAAGCUGAGUUGGAUAAUAUACCUAUUGACAGGGCAAUACCCACAGAACCAGCCUUGAGAUUGAAAGUGGGCAAGAUGGUCGGUUCACCCAUUGAGGUAAUGAUACCUACUGAGCGAGCCCUGGACUCCACAGCAGGCAAUACGGAUAGUACACUUAUUGACGAGGUAGUGCCCGCUCAACACGUCUCGGGCUCAACAGCAGCCACUACAGAGACUACGUUAAUCGAUGGGCAGAUCCCCACAGAACUAGAACAAGGCUUGGAAUCGGUAGCAGCUGACACGAGCAGUACACGCGUUGGGGAGACCCUUCCCACAGAAAAAUUACUGGACUCAACAACAGCCAAGGCAGCUAGUGUAUCUUUUGACAGGACGAUACCCACAGAACAAGUACAAGCGUUAGAACCGGUAGCAAAUGAUGCGAAUAGCACAUCCGCUGAGGAAAUCAUUCCCACAGAAGAAGUACUGAAUUCAAUGGCAGCUAAAACAGUUAGUAUAUCUAUGGACGGGAAGGUGGUCACCGAAGGGGCCAAGAAUAGUACAGCUACUGAUGCUAAUACCAGUGUUCGACGUAUUGCACUGGGAGUUAUGACCGAGCCCUGGUAUACCGGUCCUUCGAUUGCUAGGACACACAAUGCUGGUACUGGUGACAGCCUUCCGAACAUCCACGCCCACGAGAAGAUGGCUCUGGUCAAUAUCACGAACAGCAUGACUCACUCCGGCAGUAGCACGGACAAACAAGCCGAGCACACAGACGAUGAGGCGGUUGUUAGCACGGCAUAUACACCUACCUACACACACAAACACACACACGACAAUGCCAUGGAUGGUAUCGCUAAAACCGAUAGUAUGGGUGAGCCUUCUGGUGCGAUGGAUCGACAACAGGUGCAUCAGCAACGGUUCGACUAUGUGCAGUCGCUGAGACAGAUGCUGCACUUGGCCAAUACCAAGGCCCAGAGAGACAGUGAGAAAGGCCCCCUAUUGGCCGCAGAGACCAAAGCGGCGUCCAAGGAUAAGGAGAAACGCAGCAGCUCAGCGCGUUUAAAGGAUACUGCUGACAAUGAUGAGGGUCUUGCUAUACUCGAGCUGACUCUGGGCAAACUGCGAGACGACUAUGCUGUCAAGAAAUCAGUCAGCCAUGCCGUUAAAUCAGCGUUCAACACGUACACAACCUAUCUUGCCAAGAGCCUUGCACCAAAACAGAUCAAGGCGCGAGUCAAAAGCGUAGUCAAGCGAAGGUUGAUACAGACACACGACUCAAUGAAUACCAAAGUUUCGGAGAUGUUCAAAACCACUGGAGUGGACGCAGAGGUCAAUGGGAUCGCUUUCCGCAGCCAACAGAUAAGAGUAUGUCAAGUCCAAGUGGCGAUCCGAUUUCAGCUGAGUUUUAUGGAACAGCCCAAAAAAGACGAUCCAAAAUCCAAGCGAAUUCGAGAAACUCUCAAAUACAUUCAGACUAUAUCGCUGCUGACCGGCGGUGGAGAACCGUUCAACGACUAUAUCCUGAAUGAUCUGACUAAAACUCAUGCGGAGACGUUCCCACUCACGACCGCUUAUUUGAAUAGUGAACUCGAUCUGGAAGACAUGGAAACCACAGCCAAUGAAAUCAGGUCUGGGUUGCCUAGGAACGCUACCGCCGGUACCUCGACCAAUAACCUCGUGCACACAGCGGUCAGUCAUGUGAGUUCCGGCACAGAGGAUCUAUUUUCAGGCCGAGACAAUCUAUUUAUAGCCAGAGAGAAUACCCUCCCUCAUGCUAGUACAGAUGCUACCACGGGGGGCGUUGGUGAGUCGGGCACACGCUUGGUCAGCAACUGUAGUUUUGGAAUCGGGAACUCAAAUGCCGAUAAUUUUGACAUCGGUAACCCCAAUCAGGCGGAUAUCAAUAGUAAAAUGGCCAUGAGACGCACUCUUACGAACAACAGCAGCCGUCGUACCGUCGUGAUGAAUCACAGGAACAGUCUGCGCUCAACCGACAGCCAAUCAAAUCUCGCGCUGUAUCAGCCGAACACCAGUGAACGCAGAGCAAAACGCCUUAGUCAACGCCCUGCUGUGGUGAGUAGGCACUCCAACAACCAGAAUCAGUCGUUGCUUAGUAUCGGGCAAUCGUUCCUAAGCAACACGCGUUGGGAACAGGGGACUCCUUGUGAUGGUGGAGAGUCGAGCGCCACGGAUGAUCUCCAAUUGCACUCGUAA